UUGGGAAUGGUGAAAGCGCGGAGGAUGGUUACGCGACCGUGAGGAGACCGACCUGCUAAAAUAUUUACGACGUUUUGAAGGAUCCGAUUUUACUUGGAUACACAGUCGUAGGAACACAGCGCACGAUUGACCAUCAAAACAGAGGAUCCCCUCUGUGUGUUGCCUCUGAGGAUGUGUAGCAGGUUGUUGCUGUAGUGAGGAGGAUCAUUGUUUCAGAACCUGCAGAAAGGCUUGGAAAGUUAAUCGUCAUGUCUCCUGUAAACGUCAUUCCCGGGCCGAGGCCCAGCUGCAGCCUCGUGUGGAUCCUAUGGGUUCUCCAGGGCCUCUUGUCUAUGCAGGCUCAUGCAAAAAUAGUCCUUACUGUACCCGACCAGGUGACUUUGUCAGGCAACACUAAAGCCCAGCAACUGUCUAUUUCCUGGAAUGGAGGCGCUGCCACGACCUUUGACCUGAUCAUUCUUCGAACUGAAUUCAACGAAACUGUCUUCUAUGACACCGUGUCUCCAACAGUGAAUCAGGUGAACGGUCGACACCAGUGGAACUGGACCUCGGCCGAACCGCUGGAGUGUACCUCGCUUUCCGUUCAGAUUCGCUCCAGAUAUGAACAGACAACAAGUGAAUGGAGCAAGACUCAGAUACAUGAAGGAAAGGACAUCCCCGGCACGAAGAGCAAUGGGAUGUACCCCAUCGACAAAGUAGUCCCCGUUGGGGCCAACACCACUUUCUGUUGCAUCGUAGCAGAGCGGAAAGCCUUUCAGAGCAUGCACUACGACAACACACCGAUGAACGUGACGCGACUGAGCAGACGGACUUACGCAGCGACGGCGUUCAAUCAGAGACCAUCCAGGCCGAGCGGAACCAACAUACCUUGUUAUACGAGCCCGCUGGAGCCACUGAACAGCGGGACCGUCGUGUUCGUCGGAUAUGCACCUCUACCAAGUGACCUGGUGUGUGAGACGUAUGACCUGACUUCAGCUGUUUGCAAAUGGAAGGAAGGCCGAGACACUCACUUAACUGGGAAACGGAGAACACGCUACUGGUUAAACUCACGUUCGUGUCCUCAAGACAAACAGGAAUGCGAGUUGCCCCAGUGGGAGGGUAACUGGACCCUGGUGGCUGUGAACCCUCUCGGUCAGCACAGCCUGACGGACUCUGCUGAACUCACACACAGAGUGUGUCCCGUAGCUCCGUCCAAGCUGAGCUCUGUGGUGCAGGCCUGGAAUGCCACUGUGGCGUGGGAGUGGAAGCACCAAAGUUACUCCUCCCUCGCUCUUGUCUGCCAGGUCGAGCUCUCAACCGAAGGGAACAAAACGAAGCGCAUCUACUCGGGCGUGGGUCUGCGGUCUGUUAUCAUACCGGGCCUGUAUCCUGACGAGCAACACAUUGUUCGAGUCCGCUGUGGCUCCCAAAGGAAUUUCUGGAAGUGGGGAAUUUGGAGUGAUCCAAUUGCCUUCAGAACCAACGCUGACGUUCCAGAUGCCCUUGAUGUGUGGAUGUGGAUGAACGGGGACAACACAGCACAGGUGGUUUGGAAGCCUCUGACACCAAGACAAAGUCACGGCCAAAUCACAAAUUAUGAAGUGACUCUGUGGAGCCCUGAAGAAAACCGACAGCACACUGAAAUCUUGCCACCAACGACCCGCACGGUGUCAGUCAACCUCACACAAAUUACUUCCUCCACCGGCGGGGGCAAGGUCAUAGCCACCGUCCUCGCAAAGAACGCCAAAGGAGUCUCUCAACCUGCCAGUGUAACUCUGCAUUUCACAGAUGCAGAUUCUCUUCCUGUGUCCAGGACAGAUUAUACAGACAGAGGCUUCCCUCUAUCCUGGCAGAGCAACACCUCAUGUAGCUUCGUGGUGGAAUGGCAUAAUGCUGCCUGCUUCCACGACUGCCCUGUGGAGUGGAUCAGAGUUGCCGCUGGAAGCACGAAUGCCUCCGUUGAGUCAGCCAACUUCGAGGCAGGUCAGAGGUACAGCUUUUCCCUGUACAGCUGCCCUUCAGAUUUCCCCGAACUGCUGCAGCGCUGGCAGGGCUACAGCCAGGAGCUGGUCCCCUUCAGCUCCGUCCCGCUGUCAGGUACAUCGCAGCAAUCUGACAUUGUGCUCACCUGGGGGGAGAUUCCCACGGUGAACCAAAGAGGCUUCCUCCUGGGCUACAAUGUUUACAUCAGUAAUGGCUUUCAGCUUACCAGUCUCGCCAAUCUGACAGACCUGGAGACGAGGAACUACACAGUGAAGGGCCUCUCUCGGGGCACCUAUAAAUUCACUGUGAAGGCCUACACUUCGGCAGGCGAGGACACGGGCGCCACUGUUUCUGUCACGCUGGCGCCAUACACUGAUUGGCUAAUCCUGGAAAUGUUAGGUUCCUUGGGAAUUGUUUUCUUGUUGCUGGUUGGUGUCACCUUCAUUUGCUACAAGAAAAGGAAAUGGGUCAAAAAGGCGUUCUAUCCAGACAUACCUGAGCCCAAGCUGCCUGGUGAUUGGUCCAGGACACAGGGAACGUUGGAUGUAAAGCCGUCACCUCACAACAUGGUCCACAUCGUGGAAAAGCCUGACUGGGACUCGAGUAAAGAAGCGCUUGUUGCCAUUCCCGAAGAGGAUGAGGAUCACGACGGUCAGGACAUGGGCGAUGAGCCCGUAGACACGGACGAGCCAACGUCGUUGCGAUACUACAACCAGGUCGUAGAUGAGCGGCCCAUCAGGCCGCGGUUUCCUGACUCGACGUCUUCCGCGUCUUCUUUGGACUCGGCACAGACAGAUGUGACAUACACGGGAAUCCAGACCUCAGGGUCGUCCCUGGUCUUCCAGCUGGAUCAGCAGGGCUCCUGUGAGGGCCACCAAGUCCAGGAUGAUCACCCCAUCCGCUCCGGAGGGAGAGGCUACUGGCCUCAAAUGCAGCAAAGUGCAGCCUGUAAUGAAGUAGGUCUGGCUUCGCCGGAGCCUUUACUCGAACCCCAGGCCGCCAUUAGUGGAGGCUAUAAACCUCAGAUCUCCUGGCAUUUGGACUCCCCUGGGGAGGCAGAGGAGCGGGGCAGCCUGGCACCCUCUCUGGGAUCCCCCACCUCGGUGGCCUCCACUCAGUUCCUCCUCCCUGAAGGAGAAGAGCAUGAUGAGGAGAAACGACAGUCAUCAGCGACUACCUGGUUCACCAACCUGCUGUCAUCUACUAAACCAUAAUCGCUCAAACAGCCAAACCAGACGGGGUUCUCAUUAAAUCUUCCAAAUCAAUGCUAUGACUAUGGUCUUAAUCCAUAUGGAAUUAAUGUCCACUUUGACGUAGCUCUACAGCGUUACUCUUGCCUUUUGAUGACAGGUCAAUAAUACUUUUUAAGGUCCAGAGGUAGAUAUUUUUUCUGCCAUGCAACUAUCAGAAGUGAAAUUCUGUAUAUUUAUAUAUCCACUACACAUUUCCUGAUGUGGUCCCUUGAAAACUGGCGGAUCCCCUCACUGCCUUUUAUCCGAUGCUCUUUCAAAACGGCAUAUCCUGAGAUUCUGUUAGCUUUGUGAUGUGAACAACACUGCACCACGGGACACCACACUUAAAAAGAACACCACAAAAGAAUGUCUCUGUCUUCUGUUGGUCCGUCAUUGGGGUCGCCUUGUAUCCUUUGUUACUUUUUGAAACAGCCGUUGAGCCACUGAAAGGACACUUUUGGCUGUUAAAGAAGGAACAGUAUGGUCUUCUCCCAUCCGUACCAAUGUAGCUUCUAUGAUUGCAGACAGGAACUGUGUUUCACGGUUUACCGUCAGAAAGAUGCAACAAUGGAAAAUAAUCUGAUUUCACAGAAAAAGGAGCGGUGCUUUCUUUUAUGGUCUGGAAUUAUGUGGGAAAUACACCCACUGGAUAUACACUGAUAAAAGCUAGAUUGUAACUAAUGUAAUUUAAUGACAGACACUGUCAUGUUACUAUUAAAUGUAUUCAGUUUUGUCUCCAAUAGCCUGUAGAGUUUAUUUUUGUUUAGCCUUUUAUUUUUUUAAAUACAUUUUACAGUCAGGCCAGUGUUUGUUUUAAUGCUAUGUUUCAUCUAAUUGAUGAUUAAUAUUAGAAAUUGUACUCGAAAUGGCAUGGAUGGGUUUGUAAUGCUUCCAAUAAUUUGCGACGUGUCACUUUUCACACACUGCCUUAUUUCCAAAAAUUAGUUUAUCUUUCAGUAAUGCAGCUCAGUGGUGAUCAGAUGUGUUGUACUGGACUUCAUUCUCCACUGGCACUCAGCGUAAUGAACCGAGAAAGUCGGUUGUUAGACUGCAUUAUUCUUGCUGCUCAUCUUUCUGUGUGUUUUUGUGGAUGUGAGAAAUGUGUUUUGUUUUUUUUUGUUUUAAAGAAAUCCCAUUAUAUACACAUUAUUUUUUUUAAUGUCACUAAAUUUCUAUUGUAUUUUUUUUUAUCAUCUAUUAGGGUUUUUCAGAGGGGGCAGAGGGACCAAAGAGAAAGCAUAUAUUGUAAAUGAUUUCUAGAAAGUCAUUUCGAUUUAAGUAUCGGUAAUUUUUAAUCUGAUCGCUUGGAUACUGUGUGUAUGUGUGUGUGUCUGUGUGAGGUUGCACCAUCGGCUCGGCUUCCCAAAAGUCUGGGUAUGCAAAGUGUUUGCUUUGACCUACUAAUCCGGUAAACGGGAUGUUUUAUUUUGAGUUCAGUGUAUUUGCAGAGCCAGGCUCCGGUUUGCCUGUGUGUUAGCCUUUGGUAUGUCAGUUCGUCAGUGCCUCCAGCCAACAAGCUUUAAGUAAAACUACUGUGACAAGAAUGAUGACUUAGAUUUAACUAUGAUAUAUGUUUUCACAAAUGAACUCAUAACAGACAGGCAGUCGGUCCUCUGUAACUACUGAGAAAAAAAAAAGUGUUUUCCCUUUUUGGCCUGCAAAGCUGAUCUGAAAGAAAAAAUACUCUUAACUGUGUGACGAUUGAACCAACUAAUUUCCAUUGUGUGAAAUCAGUAUUGAAACAUGACUGCAGAGAUUGUUUUCAUUUGAAAUAUCCCUUCUUAACAAAGCAGGGCUUCAAAGAAUUUGUGGUAGAUGAUUUGUGUUGAAUGAUCAACAGAACUGCACCUUUUUACCUUUUUUAUGCAAUUAACUGUACAUAAUUGUCCUUUAUCUCAUUUUUCUUUAUGAUUUGCAUUAUGAAACCUUAUGUUGUUUUAAUUUAGGAUAUAUUGGAAUGUUUGUGUCAUACUAAAAUGUUAACUAAUUUUUUUUUUUUUUUGCCAGAGGGAAAAAAAGUCCUACUAAAAUGUAUAGUUGUUUUCAGACACAUUAAUAACUAUGUAAACUGAUUAGAAUUGUGAUAUUACUGUCUUAGUUUAGCCUGCUUUGCAAUAGUGAUGAUUACACAGCAGCGACGCUUGGCCAGAAACAAAAUUAAGGAAAGAAACAGUGCGAUAUGGAAAAUGUUGACAUGCAGGUUUCUUCAUUUCAUUGCUUUAUGUGUUUGUCCACCUACAGUUUCAAUCAUAGCCAGUUUACUCUGUUAAAAAUUUAAGUUUGGUUUAUCCAGAAAGGUAAACAACCAUCUCCCUGUCUGACGGUUUUGUCAAAAUCAAUGCAUGUUAUAUAAAUUAUGAAUAUAGAUGGCUUGUAAACCCUUAAAGUAUGUUUUUGUUACUAUGUGGCUUUAAGACACUAACACUGACUAAUGCUGCGCAUGAUGACAAGACUGAAGAAUUGUACAUCUAAAAAAAGUCCUCCGCCUUUAAAAUUCACAGUAUUUUGCAGAUGGUUUUGCUCUUGAUUGACUUAUUGAAGUGACCUGCCUCCAACUGAAUAAUAAAUGUUAACACUAACAACACAAAGUGAUAUGCUACUUGUUUAAAGGCAAUAAAAGGUAUUUGUCUGAA